UUUUUUUUGCCCUCUCUCUCUCUCUCUUCUUCUCUCUUAUCUCUAUCUCUAUUUUAUCUAGCGAUUUAUUUAUCUCUCCAAUUAUCUCUAUGAUACCAUAAUCGAUCAAAAGAAUGCAAUCUGGUACAAAGAGAAGGGGAGGCGCUUCCAAACAAACAUCAACCUCAAAACGAUUUCAAGCGCUGGAAAAUACGGGCCAAAAGAAGAUUGAUCUAUUCUUUAAGAAACCUAGACAACAACAAUCAGUACAGGAUGAAACAAAGUCUCUCGUUGAACGCCAUGACACCCAUUUGGACGUAGAAAAAUCCGAUAGCAACAACAAGGAAAACGGAGGAUCACAAGAAUCAACAAAUACAACGACAAUAAUACCGUUAGUUGAUAAGGGAAAGAUGAAAGAUACAAUAGAACCUGUGACAACAAACUCGCCCUUUUUCGAAACCUCAAUGUAUACUGAUCAAAUCCAUGAAAUGUUAAUGACAGUAUUAGAUGGGGAAUCAUUUCUUUUCUCUGCUGAGGAUCACCAACGCUUUAUCAACUUCAAGCAACUACCUUUAGAACCUCAACAUUUAUUUGUACGACUUUGGAUGCGAAAGCAACGACGAUGGCUUCGUUUGGACAAACUCGACUAUUCAUCUAAUAUUCGCGAUAUACAUCAAGCUUGCAACGACUUACUUGCUCAUAACAUGGUACACGUCUUAUUUGGAGAUAGCCCCGAUGCUAGAUCUAUGGAAUGGCCUGAUAUUCUAGCUCUUUUUACUGUCGAAGAACUCAAGGAUCUCGCUCAAUCACUACAAUGUUUGCCAAAGGAGGGGAAAUCUAAAUCGGAUCUGAUAGAAGCACUGACACUGGGACGCCAACAAACCUUGGAUUCAAUGGCUUUACAUGAUCAUAGCAGACAAGAUUCGUUUAAUGAAAUGGCCAAAUCAAUGCUUGGAACAUGUAUCAUUCUAGACAAGGACUAUGAUUCUGUAUUUCAACGGCUCAACAUUGUAUAUUAUCGACUCUCUGAUCCAACAGAAACCAACUCGAUGCGUAGUGCCAUCCUGGCUAAACUUAGUCGACGACAUUAUCCGAAUUACAUCUACUGUCGUACUUCCAACGUUUGGACUAGUAUUGAAGAUUUAGAUCAUUACGAGAAUGCGUUCCGACUGCAAUACGAGUUUGAAACAAAGAUGGAAAACAUUCCUUUUGAAAGAAGACGAAGACAACUCAUUAACCAAAUGGAUCAACAGGCGACUAACGGGAAUACCAACAAGAUGAUCACGAAAAAGAAUGAUGAUAUCGAGCAAUUGGAACGACAACUUUGGAUGGAUUGUUGGAUUAUGUGUGAAAACAUUAUUGGUACUUGGGAAGAUUUGAUACAACAACGAAAUGAUAUCAGUGAGAACAGUGAUGAACGUCGAUUUUAUUAUAUGCGUAGAUUUGAAGCUGGAUAUAUAUAUACCCACAUGAUAGAACAUGGUACCAAGGCAUUGGGUAAAUUGCAAGAAUAUUCCUUGGAAGCUCUGAUUUUACAAAAACUGAUUGACCAACGUAUCUACCGGAUCGGGAAACGUGGCAAAUGGUACGAUCGAUUGGCUCUUAUUCAAGCAAACUAUUUGAAAGAUCUUCCUGAACGACAACGAAAAAAAAUGGCACUACAAACAUGUAUAUGUGGUAUUCAAGAUCCAAGGGUGCAUCAGAUUCAUCUCAAUGCUUUACAACGAAGAAUUCAACGAUUGGAAAGAGAUUUAUGUAUACCAAAAAGAGAACAACAUGAUUUCUCUUAUUUGACACUGAAGAAACCAUCCGAAAGAACGAUCCAUGCUGAAAGGAUAUCAGAUACAAUCACUGGAAAGAAAUCAUCUUGGCGAGGCGAUGAUGGUGCCGAAAUCUCUGUGGAAACGGUAGCCAUACAAUAUUAUAACAAGCAAGGAUACCAAGGGCUACAUACAGAAAACGGAAUCAUCACGAUGCUGUUUAUGUUACUUUUCUGGGAUAUUGUAUUUUCUCCUGUACCUGGUGCAUUCGAAACACCUUAUCAAACAGCUCCUCUGGAUCUUUGGUCGGAUGCAUUCUAUAUUGAACGAAUGGGUUUGAUCAAUGAACGGAUUGCACAGAUUGGUCAAGAAGGCUCCACUUUGUAUUUGGAUAUCAUUAAAAAGAUCGACGAUGAACAUCGACCGUUACAAACCAUGUGUGCUGGCAUCAAUUGGAAUUAUGAACAAGUUCAUUUAUUGGAAAUUGCAGAGUGUAUUGGACCAGAAUCAUUAUCAUCACUUUGCCAUUUACUUGCAGAAGAAUUCGGUCAUCGACUAGGUGGUAUGCCUGAUCUAUGUUGUUGGAAUUAUACUGAAAAGAAAUGUGUAUUUGUUGAAGGUAAGAAGAAACAAAAAAUGAUUAUAGUGGAUGAUGUACAAAAUGGAAUCUUUUUUUCAUUAGUAAAAGGACCAGGGGACAAGCUAUCUGAAACACAAAAGAUAUGGCUGGAUACUCUAUCGAACAUGGGCAUUGCGGCUGAAGUUUGCUAUGUAAAAAUAUGGGAUGGUGAAGAUAUUUUACUGAACAACUAGUAGAUAGUUCGUAUAUUAUUAUUAGUUCUUGUCCAUUUGAACAUAAGUUGACUUCUUUUGUCGAAAUGAUAAGAAAGUUAGAUACCAAACUACGGCUUUUAUUUGAUCACUUGAAUAAACAUGGUGCUAGUUAUAGAAGUGUGAUGAUUGAUAAU